AUGUCCAGCUGGAAUAUUGUCACCGGCGAUCAAGGAUCUGUCUCAUCGGAAGCAAGUGAGCAUUCACAAAAUGAAGAAACGACAGAGAGCCACGACCAACACAGCGACAAUGAGAGCGAAGAUUGGAUCCUCGACGAACUCCAGCGUCAAAUUGAUGAUCAACUUAAUGCUGAUAUUGGCCGUCAGUUGGAGGAACAGCUAUGGAAAGAAAUGGAUGAACACCUGGAACGGCAAAUGGAUGAGCAAAUUCAAAUUGAGUUGAAUCAACAAUUCGACGAUCUGCUGGCCACCCAGAAUGAAAGCCUUUCUGCAAAUUCGAGAGCACCUGAGACAACGCGGGACUCUUUACUACAAGAAUUGUCUUUCAAAACUCCUAUCGAGGAGUCUCCCGACGUACAAAACAACGAACAGGAAGCAUCUGCUUUCACCAUCAAUGCUCAGAUUCAGAAGGCUGUUGAUCAGUACGAAGGUUUGGAUUUGGAAUCAACGAAAUGA